UCCACCGCUGCUCGACGAGUGUGAAAAGCCGGAGAAAAAAAAUUAGUAUAUGAUUUUGUGUCGUUAAUGUUUUGUGUCUAAAAUUUGUACCAGGAAAACUCAUAAGUAUUAGCCUCCUGUGUCAUUUCCAAUUUUUGCUUCAUAGAAAUUUAUAUAAAAAAAAAAACAAAUAAUUUAAUAAUUCAAGUGAAAUCUUUUCAGAUUAAUGCAAUUCGCAGAUUGCUGCUGUCCGCAGUCACCGGUUGACAGUUUGCCACCCUGCUUGCAGUUAUCCCUCAUGAUGCCGCUGUUCAACAAGAAAUUCGAAUCAAAACCCAUCCCGGCACGACAGAAUCGCUGUAAUAUUGGUCAUCCUGUUGUCACGGAGGAUCUGGAUGACUUUCGUCACAUCUCGUUGAAUUUGGGCAACAAGGAGUUGCGUUUUGCCGAUGGCAUUUGGAUGCAUUCCUCACGUAAAGGCGAUGUGGAUGACAUGCUGCGUUUGAACAAGAAAUUCCGUGCCCUGGAGGAGGAGAACAAUAUGUGUAAUCUGAAAAUUGAAGUCAUGUUGGAUUUGCUGGCCGAACAUGCCACAGAGCUGAAUGAAUUGAAACCAACCAAGGACAAGUAGCUAACGUUUUUUUUGCAACUCUUUUUUAAAUGUUUAACUGAAGAUUAGUUACUGAAUAUCUGAAUUAUCUGGAAUAUAUGUAUAAAUACUUGAUUCAUCA